AUGCACUCCACUGUCCUCUUCCUGGGGGCCCUGCUCGGGUCUGCCCUGGCCCUCCCUCAGCAUCCCACUGCGCCGCUGAAGACCGGGGCUUCUUCCAAGCACACGCCUUCUCAGACUCCGCCGUCUCCGCCGCUGGCCACAGGAACUCUGGUGCCUCCUAACGGUAGCAACCCGUCCCCGCCUGGUGGAGAGACGACAACGAUCAUCGAGACCAUCACCAAGACCUCCUUCGUGCCCUGCUCGACGCCUGUCACCACCCACCGCGGUACGACCUACUACAGCACCUGGCUGACUACGUCCUUGUACACGACCACCACCCACUACACCACCAGCGUCCCUGCUGCCAGUGCCACGCCCACGCCCGCUUCCGGCGGUGCUGGCAUCGGGCCUGGUGGAGUCUGCCCACCGGCUCCAACGGUGACGGUCACAGUGACGCCUGGCGUCGGCGAUGGUGAACACUGCGAGAAGUGCCAGACCAUCACCUACGUCAACAUCUACGGCGUGACGACCACCAUUAUCGUGCCUCCUCCUCCUCCUCCUCCUACCACGUCGCCUUACGACGGCCACGGCCACGGCCACAGCCACACAACGACGACGAAGACGACUACUCCUGCUACGUCGACGCACUCUUCUCGUCCUUCUGGAACGGCGCCUAUUGGCACUGGAUCACGACCCAGCGGUACAGCACCCAGCGGUACAGGCACACGGUCCAGCAGGACAGGACACCCUGCUGGGACGGGCAGUGUCAAGCCGACUCACGGGUGA